AUGCCGCGUCCAUCGCGGAUCUCACAAAAAGGAUCGGUGUGCGGGCGAACGAGAAAACGAGCAGGGCACGAAGUGUAACACAUGCCUAGGUGUGCUGCAGUCAGUUGGCUUGAUCUCAGAAGCGGUUCCUCCGGCUGCCUGUUUCUCCCAACUCGUUCGCCUCGCUAUGCGCAUCCUAAUACCUGUUUUACUCUUGAAUAUCUGGUUGGUUUUGAUCGGGUUAAAUAGUUCAACUGGGAAGAAAAAGCACCUCAUUGACGAAUUGAAACAAUCUGGCUUGUCUGCACUCUAUUUCCUCUCACUAGGAAACGUUUAUUACCCCCCUCCCCGGUUGAAUUUUCGCUGAAACUUUGGUGAAGUGUGCUUUAGGACCCCUUGAUUCCAGAACAAUAAGAAAACUCACAAUAGAUAUCUUUUUCGAGUUAAGAAACUUCAAAAGUUCAAAAUAGCGCUUUUUUUCGUCGUAAUUUGCGUAUUUAACGAACUGUGAAGCUCUAUAACUUGGAAAAAGUUCCCUGGUCAGAGGCAAUUAUCAGAUUGUAAUCUAUAUAGAUGUUUUGUAGAUUCUUUUCAUUUAUUGAUUGACCUCAACCAGGUUGUUUUCUUAUAGUCUGUGCGCCACGACUUGAAAUUUCACCGAACGACAUUCCGCUGUUCCGCUGCAUGCGGUCGCGAAGCGUCUUUGCUUUUGGGAAUCUCGGAUGCCCUUUCAAUUAUCAUUGCUGGUGGAUAUAUUGACAUUGAGAACAGAGAGCCUUGCUGGGAACUGGUCAAUCGGGAAAAAGGAGAUAAGUAGCUCCUUUAAAGUCGAUCGGCGUAUGCUAAUCGUUAUUCGUUUAUUAGCUACCGGGUAACAUAUCGGUACCUGGAUAUUACCGGGUAGGUACCUAAAGUUUGCGAUUGCUACCAGCCGGCAAAUUGGUUUAUUUAGCACUAGUGUUUUUUUAACCGUUCUAUGUUUUCAAAGGUCUUAUUGGCUUGCGCUGAAAAAAAAAUUAACCAAAAAAAAAAAGUAAUUCGCACUAUACAACACCCGGGAAGUAUUGCCAGACUAUCCGGUAGAAAUCGCAAAUGUCAGAUACCUACCCGGUAUUUCCAGAUACCAUAGAGAUGGUAUUCGGUAGCUAAUAAACAACCACCGACUAGCAUCCGCUUUUGGAGUAGCUACCCGGCAGUUACUUGUAUCCUUCUUCCGAUUGACUUUGGAGGUAAAAGUCAGACUAAUCCAAAAAAUCCAAUGAGGUGUAGGAAAUACAAUUUCCGAGUUUUUUUUUUGAAGAAAUAACAAAAAAAAAAGACUUUGAGCAACAUUGAACGUUGCAGUGAGAUCAGCGCUCAAAUAUUUGGCUCAGAGAUUCCGAACUCGUUCAGCACUUUCGCGCAGAAGUCGCUGCGGUCCCGGCAGAUCGGCACAGAGGGUCAGCUGGUGAACACCGUCCUUGCCGAGUACGACCCACACAGCCGACCACCUGUCCGAGGUGAGAUAUUUCUCGAAGUGAGGAGAGAAUAGCUCUGACGAUGGAGCCGCAGACUAGAAAAUGAGUCUUUUUUGCUGGUAAUCAUGAUAAAGUUAUUACACCGUACGACAUUCCGUUUUCACCGUACGACAUUCCGCUCGUUCGCAGUGUGCGGCCACGAAGCGUCUUUGCUUUUGGGAAUCUCGGUCUUGCUUCAAAUUAAAUAAAGUAAAACAAAAAAUGAAAGUGCGACCGGUCCUGGUACCGAGGUUCGCGAAGGCAAAGAGGCUUCGCGACCGCAUCUCUGCUAUUAAAAAAAAAUAAAUCUAAUUUGAAUCUUUCAGCACAGCUUCACAGAAAAUUCGAGAAUGUGAAUUUGAAAUGGAUAUUACUUUUUGGGAUUCGACUGUUUUGUGUGUGUCACGGAGGAUGUCCUAGCGCAUUUUUUUCCUAUAAACACAAGAGAUAAUUCAAGGAAAUUCUUGCAGACAGCGCUGCUCAUUCGGCUAUUCUCAUAAUUACCAACAUCUUCAUCAACCGAGUCCGAUGGCAGGAAAAUCGAGCCGUGAGCUUAUUAUUAUUUUUUUAUCAAAUCAUAGUUUUGUAAUAGUCAAUGUUUCCCGACUUGAAAGGCGAGGGAGGCGGGGCAAGAGGGCGGGACGCGUAGCGUGCGCGUACGCGGUUCUUGGCGCCAGUUCAAUUCAAUCGCCGCCGACUAUUUAAAAAAAGCUCGGCCACCGCUCUUUUUUCUGUAUUUUUCUUCUAUUUUUUUGAUGCACACAUGAACAUAAUCAAUAAAUAAUUAAAAAAACAAGUGAAAAAGAGCAAUAAAUAAAGCUCUCUGAAUGCUCGCUAGCGGUUGAAUUGAACACGUGCCAAGAACCGCGUACGCACACGCUACGCGUCCCGCCCCUUGCCACGCCUCCCACGCCUUUCAAGUCGGGAAACAUUGACUAUAUUUCAUAAUUUGCGUACGCCGCCCAAAAGCUAGUAUAUAGCAUGAAAAACCAAUUUUUCAGUGGCCAAAUCGGUCUGCAGUCAGUCGCAAUCGCAAACUUUUCUUUUAUCUAAUUUCAUAAAUUUCAUCCCUUUUACAUCCUCUGUGAACAUUUUGAGACGAAAAAGUUCAAAAAGGGGCAAAUUUUGACCGCUUCGCGGCCGCUAUGGCCAGCCCGGCCGGCCAUAGUCUUCUGAUAUGUACCUAAAGUUUCAAGAUUUUUCACGAGGAAGCGAGGACUUAAUUCUAUGGAAAGGGAAAAAAAAGUAUUACUCAGGAGUUGGAUAUCUACCUUCGGCAACAGUGGGAGGACAGUCGGUUGCGAUACGAAGUUGACCAACGUGAAGGAAUUCAAGAGGUUUUUUCUUUGAAAAUAAUUUUCCUUCGUUAAUAAAAUUCUUUUGAAAGAAGAAUUUUUCAAAGGCUGAGUCUAAGUAAUCAAGUCAGAAACUUCGAAAAGUUAUUUUUUUUUUGCUGAGACGCAGAUUCCAAGAGCAGUUUGGAUUCAAAACUUUCCCCUCCUUUAAACUAAAUGCUUUUUUCAAGAUCCUUCAAAUAAGAUUUUGAAAUCUCAGUUCACGCUUCGCAGAUAUCAAUCCCGGAGAACCGAGAAAUCUGGACGCCAGAUACGUAUUUUUCUUCUGGAAGCGAAGUCGGCGACGGUGAACAUUCCAACAACGUUGUCGAACCCAGCGGAUACGUCCGCAACUCUCAACAGUUUGUUUUCUUUUUUUUUUCCAACAAUCCAUUUUUUUUAUUCAUCUUUUCAGAAGAACAGUGGAUGUGCCUUUCACGUAUGGGACCUCUUUCCCUUUCAUCAACACGCGCUCUUUUGUACUCCGACUCGGAAGCUGUAAGUAUCUACUUUUCGGGAAAAGAAAAAUUAUGCUUCUAUUCCAACCAAGCUCCAAUUAUAACCGUUCGGUAUAUCUGAUCUGCCGUUCUGCAUUUUAAAGUUUUUUGAAGUGACUCGAUAACUUUAUAAUACACAUUUGAAAUGCAAAAAAAAUUGGCAUUUUUUGUACAUUUUAUGUUGUAUGAAUUAAUUCAGGCGCUGAAAAGCAAAAAAGUCGUCUUUUAAAAUAUUUUAGGUAGGGAAAUUUUAACUGAAAUUGUGAGUGUGGCUCUUACUUAUGAUCAAGAACGUAAGUUUUGUGUAUAUUUUGCCAACUCAAGUCGUUUUGAAGAAAGCAGUCUAAAUUAUGUUUCAAUUAAGACAAAUAUCCUGUCGAAGACGUUGUGUACCUAUGGGCCAAUUCUCCGCCUCUCAUCAAUCCGGUCGAGGUUAGCUUCCUGCUGUUUCUCCUUGCAGCGACGUCUUCAGGUUUCCAACGAACUUCUGACUGGCUCGGUGACCUUCGAAGAAGCCAACUCAGGCGAUUGCGUCGGCAACUACACCGUCGGUCGGUCGACCGAUGGGUUGUACCACGGAAUCCUCCUUUUCAGGUGUUUAUUCGUGCAUCGACGUGAUCGUGACCUUCAGCUCCGGAACCACUUCAGCUCUUUUCUCCUGGUUUUUCCCUUCGUUGUUUUUGGUCAGUGAAGGCGGCUUUCCCGAAGAAAACAAACUUUUUCAGGUUAUUUCCUCUUGGCUUCACUUCUGGGUGCAUGGAAGCUGGUCAGUGCCGAGAACUGCAUCCGCCGCCCUGCCAUUCUUCAUUUUCGCGGCUCUUUUUGUGAGGCUCGAAGCAAGUUUCGCUCAUUUUCUCAGUACAGGUUUUCCGGCAAGACGUUGUCGCUGGCUCGUCUGGACAGUGCUGUUGGUUCGCGUUUUGUCUAUUCCUCACCUUCUUGUCCUUUGUACGGGAAAUUUUCAUUACAAGCGUUAGGUUAUAUCUUGAAGGUUGAGUACUUUUUGGUGAUUUGUUGCGGAGUGCGGAGGUCGAUCCGCUAUGUGGCUAACGGACAUUCGGAAGAGCACCCUAUGGGCGCAGCCAAAGAGGUUUCGAUUUGCUUCUUCUUUAAGUUAAAGCCUAACGAUAAACUUGGAACAGCACAAAAAUCCAUUUUUUUGAAUCAGUUCCGUGAUUUUGAAAGGAAUAACAUCAGAACGGUCCCGAAAAGAUUCAAAAUCAAGAGAUCUUAUAUAAAAGGCCAUUGUCACUGGUCAUACGCACUCCUGAGAUAUUCUCCACUACUCAAAACAGUCUGAACGUCUCUGGGCAUUCAUUUCUACGUGCUAUUUUUAUUGAAUACGCCGUCGAUAGAACAGAAGGUCCAGACGCGUCAGAAUUUUAAAAGUCGUGGCGAAUGAUGUGCGAAACAAAGAAAUCCUUGCAAAAUUCAUUCUUUUCGAAAUUGAAACCCGCAAGUGAUGGGGAAGUUUCAGACGGUAGAGGUGGCCUACGACUCGAGGUGUGCCUCGUUUCACAACAACAACGGGCUCGACGUCAUUUCUCGCGUCGCCUUUCCGGUGGUUCUGCUCAUUUUCCUCGUAGUUUACUUGUUAUUUCUGGUCUAG